AUGGCAAAGAGRCAGGYAGUAGAGGCACUCGAUAGAACAAUGCAAGACAUCACUGGGGUGAGACUUCCAUUUGGUGGGAAAAUAAUGAUUAUGGGAGGUGAUUUUAGACAGGUGUUGCCAGUAAUGAGACAUGGCACUCGAGCACAGAUCAUAGACUCAAGCUUACGGAUGUCACCUAUUUGGUCUUCGAUUAAAAAGUUGUGGUUAACGAUCAAUAUGAGAGCACUUACUGAUCCAUGGUUUUCAGAUUUUCUGUUACGUGUCGGUGAUGGAGAUGAAGAAUCAGUAGACGAAAACUUUAUUCGCAUACCUGAUGAUAUGGCCAUUCCUUACACAAAUAAAAAUGAAUCGAAGGAUGCUUUGAUUGAUGCAAUAUUUCCUUAUCUUCAAACCUACGAGACUGCUUCAGAUUAUAUCAUUUCGAGGGCGAUACUAACAACAAAAAAUGAGCAUGUCGACGAGAUUAAUGAUCAGUUGAUUGAAAGAUUUUGUGGAGAGGAAAAAAUUUACUACAGUUUUGAUGAAGCAGAAGAUGACAAGAAUAACUUAUAUCUGAUGGAGUUUUUAAACUCUUUGACUGUUAGCGGUUUGCCCCCUCAUUACCUCCGGCUUAAAAUUAGAUGUCCGAUAAUACUAUUGCGUAUCGACACCUCAAAUGGAUUGUGUAACGGCACGAGGUUGAUAUGUAGAGGUUUUCAGCAGAAUGCUAUCAAUGCAGAAAUAGUUGUUGGUCAGCAUGCUGGUAAGAGGGUAUUUUUACCAAGAAUUCCUCUAUGUCCGUCUGAAGAUGAUAUGUUUCCCUUUAAAUUAAAGAGAAAACAAUUUCCUGUUCGACUUUGUUUUGCCAUGACAAUCAAUAAAGCUCAAGGACAGACAAUUCCGAUGGUAGGUGUUUAUUUACCGGAAUCGGUAUUCUCGCACGACCAACUUUACGUGGCAUUGUCCAGAGGGAUAUCACGUGGUAAUACGAAGGUAUUAGUGAAACCUACCAAAAAGUUCAAUAAGGAAGGAGUCUACACAGCAAAUGUGGUGUAUCAAUAG